CAAACGGUGACAGAAACGGGGGAUCUGUGCGUCACCCUCCACCACUCAGAGACCAAAGUACAGCUAACCUCUUCCACUGAAGAUGUAAAAAAACCAAAACUCUGCCGAGCCGUGACGCAAAAAACCUUUCUGCCCCGUGACGCCAGAGUGACGACUGGCGAGACGCAGCAGCAUGGAUGGAGGGAGACAAUCUGGAGGGGGAGGAGCAGAGGGAAAGAGACCCACGCUCUGACAUCACACGGGCUCUUAUAUACGGAGGGAAUGGAGCCCACUGCACUUCACAUUCAACCAGGAAGCUCUGACAACCAUCUCAGACAUUGAGGAGGAAAGAAAAAAGAAGAAGAAGCAGCAGCAUCGUCUCCAGCCACUUCUGACCCUUAACCUUAUGGACUAGGCUCGUCCUCAGGUGAACUCUUCACUGUGGAAGCCCCCCUUUUUGUUUCACACCUUUUCUCGUUUUCUCGUCAAGAUGCAGGCGCAGUUGGCUUGUGUGCUCCUCCUCUGUUUCCCAUGCGGCGCGCUCUGCACAGAUGUAGAGCAGGAGCAGCGAGCGCUCGCUGAGGAGCUCCUCACCAGCCUCUUCACCUCUAAGAUAAAACACAAUAGGCAGACUGCCCCCUACUGGCAAGUAUCGUUGACCAACCUGUGCCGGCUGGUGGGCGGCCUGCGGCAGGAGGCGUGGAGCGGCGAGCAGGAGGACGAGGAGGAGGCAGAGGCUUCCGAGCUGAGGGAAGGGAGCCUCCCGCAGCUGGAGGAGCUGUACAGCCUCCAACACAUCUGCAGAGCGCUGCAGAGCCGGGAGGAGAGGCUACUCCGAGACUCGGUGGAAUAUUCAGAGGAGAACGGCGACGCGCCGCUGAAACGAAAAUCCCCGUACAUCCUGAAGAGGCAAGUCGCCCACAACGCCAAAUCGCGGAGGCCUUACAUCUUAAAGCGGAGCUCGGUUUACUGACGGCCGUCGCUCGUUCCGUCUGCGUGUGGCUGCAGAGUUUGUUCGUUUUUUGUCUUUUCUUUUUCUCCAGUAAGAACCUGCGAUUGUGCGUCCGGCGCUGAGGCCUGCCGUUAUGCUGCUGCUGACAAUAAAACAACUGAAGCAUCGUACACAUUGUGUUUUCUCUGAGGAGCCGUAUUCAUUCAUCCGUUCCUCCACUGCUACGUAAAAGAUUGUUCUAUGUUUUUAAAGCGAUUGAAGGAUUGCUAAUAAAAAGCUAGCCUGACCUGGACGUUUGUGCUCUUGCUCAAUGCGAUCCGCAGCAAACACGAACACAGUGUCUUUAUUUGUCUCAGUCUUGUUUGUGUGAGGCUUGUUUCGUCACUGCAGAGAAUAAAAACCCAACAGUUUUCCAGGUUAGUCCAUUCUUGUAUGAAUCCGAUGCAAGUCGUCUGGAUACAGGAGUAUCAAAAGACGGAGAAAACACAUCGUUGGUUUUAUAAUCUCUGCAAGUCUUUUGACGUUUGUCUGCCAGCUUUUCACAUCUAUAGAAUUGACACUUUCACUCAUUCUUCUUUUUCAAAAUAGCCAAAGUCGUAUUGAAUUGAGAGUGUCUGUGAAUGGAAAUUUGUCUUGUCACAGAUUUUCAGUAGAAAUCUUUUCAGUAUUUUAAAACAUGAUUAUGCUUCAGUUAAACUACCGGUGUAUUCACACAAGGUCCAGACCAAAAGCGGACUUUUAUCUUUUUAGUCUGGUGCGGUCUGCUUUCGCCUGUGGUGUAGCACACGGCUGCUAGCAGCAAAGCUAACUUCUUUGUUUGGCAAAAUUGCCAAUCUUUGAAAACAUUUUGCACACUUAGCUAACCCCAACAUGAAUCUAAAGCGAUAAUUUGAUUGUCUGUUUGUUCUAAGCCUUCAGCUGAAUAAAGUUCUACAUCUGCUUUGAA